AUGUGGGAGUUACAUCCUAGUGUGCCGUGCAAGGCUGGAUGGGGAUUGUGUUACUCAUGUGGCAAGCCAGGGCAUAAAGCCUCCAACUGUCCAGAGAAGCAGAGACAGGGCGCUGGAAGAGCACAACAGCCCAGUCGAGUGUUUACUACUUCAGCCGUGGGUGCCGAGGAAUCAGAGACACUUAUCCGAGGUAAAUGUGAAAUGGCUGGUCAGAUUUUAAAUGCCUUGUUUGAUUCUGAAGCAUCACAUUCAUUCAUUGCAUUUGAGAAGGCUAGUGAAUUAGGAUUGAAGAUUGUGGUUUUAGGUUAUGACCUGAAGGUGUAUAAUGCCACCCAUAAAGCCAUGGUAACUAGGCUAGGAUGUCCGCAAGUUUUGUUUAGGGUCAAGCAGCGUGACUUUGUACAUGACUUGAUUUGUUUACCGAUGACCGGCCUUGAUCUUUUCUUAGGGUUGGACUGGUUAUCUAAGAACCACGUUCUGCUCGACUGUUCUGCAAAGUUAGCGUACUUCAUGCCGGAAGAUACAGAAGGGCCAGUGGUGGGUAUUUUGUUGUUAACCACGGGAGUCUCAGGUGAUGAGCAAAGCUUGGAUCAAAUUCCGGUUGUGUGUGAGUUUCCAGAGGUCUUUUUCGACGAUAUAGAUGAAUUCCCACCUAACCGAGAGGUUGAGUUUGCUAUUGAGUUGGUACCUGGAACGGGGCCAAUCUCGAUUGCCCCUUACUGA